UGGGCCGGGUUUAACCCGUUUUCUUACAAACUUGAAAGCCCAUUGAUGAAACCCUAAUUCCCAAAACCAUAAAACACAAAGCAUUGCUUCAUCGUUCCAUUUUCACUGCGCACAAAACUUCAUCCUCUCAGAUCCAAUCUACGUGCCGUCACCAUGGUGAACGUUCCAAAGACGAAGAAAACCUACUGCAAGAGCAAGGAAUGCAAGAAGCAUACACUUCACAAGGUUACCCAAUACAAGAAGGGUAAAGAUAGCAUAGCUGCUCAAGGUAAGCGUCGUUACGAUCGCAAACAGUCCGGUUAUGGUGGUCAGACUAAGCCCGUCUUCCACAAGAAGGCAAAAACCACCAAGAAAAUUGUUCUGAGGUUGCAAUGCCAAGGUUGCAAGCAUGUUUCUCAACAUGCAAUCAAGAGGUGCAAGCAUUUUGAGAUUGGUGGUGAUAAGAAGGGCAAAGGAACUUCUCUCUUCUAGGUGGAGAAUUAGGAUAUGUUGUUUUGAUGUUUUAUUUUCCAUUGUUGUUGAAAUGUUUUGGUUCUCUUAUGGAUUUCUGAUAGAUAUAUUUUGUUAUUUGAAAUAUCUUUGUGAUUGACAAGUGAAAGCUCUGUUGCUGUUAUCAAUUAGUACUUGUUUACAUUCCUUAAA